AUGCAGGAGCACAGGGUAGAGCAGGGAGAAGGUUUUCAGGCUCCUCCACGGGAGAACUCGGAGGGGCCUCUCCGAGCGGCUGGGCUGAGGGAGAUCUGGCGGGACAAGGGCAGCAAUCCAGAGAACAUUGGGAAGAUGGAGAGCCUAGAUAUCUCCUUAGAACCUUCCAUGCGCUCAGAUCCCGACAGUGAUCAGCCCCUGAACAGCCUCGAUGUCACCCCCCUGCGCAAAUCUCGCAACUCCCUGGAGACCUUCAAAAAAGUGGGGGUCCCCAUCAUCGCUGCGGUGCUGAGCCUGGCAACCAUCGUUGUUGCUGCUAUCCUCAUUAAGGUGAUCCUAGACAAAUACUACUUCCUCUGUGGGCAGCCUCUUCACUUCAUUGCCAGGACGCAGGUGUGUGAUGGCCAGCAGGACUGUGCCUCGGGGGAGGACGAGCAGCACUGUGUCAAGAACUACCAGGAUGGACCCCAGGUGGGAGUCCGCCUCUCCAAGGACCGGUCCACCCUGCAGGUGCUGAACCCCGCCACAGGGGCCUGGGCCUCCGCCUGUUUCGACAACUUCACAGAAACUUUGGCCAAGACAGCCUGUGAACAGAUGGGCUAUGACAGCACACCCACCUUUAGAGCUGUGGAGAUUAGCCCAGACCAGCAUCUGGAUGUUGUCGCCAUCACAGAAAGCAACCAGGAGCUUCAGGUGCAGAACUCAAGCGGACCCUGUCUCUCAGGCUCCCUGGUUUCCCUGUACUGCCUUGCCUGUGGUGUGAACCUGAAGGCCCCUCGGGUGGUGGGUGGGCAGAUGGCCUCUGUGGACACCUGGCCUUGGCAGGUCAGCAUCCAGUACAACAGACAACACAUCUGUGGAGGAAGCAUCUUGGACCCCCACUGGAUCCUCACAGCAGCGCACUGCUUCAGGAAGCACCACGACGUGUCCAACUGGAAGGUGAGGGUUGGCUCAGACAAACUGAGCAACUUCCCAUCCCUACCUGUGGCCAAAAUCCUCGUCAUUGAGCUCAACACCAUAUACCCCAAAGAGAAGGACAUUGCCCUCGUGAAGCUGCAGUUACCACUUAUGUUCUCAGGAACAGUCAGGCCCAUCUGCCUGCCCUUCUCUGAUGAGGAGCUCGUUCCAGCCACUCCAGUCUGGGUUGUCGGAUGGGGCUUUACAGAGCAGGAUGGAGGAAAGAUGUCUGAUGCCCUGCUGCAAGCAUCGGUUGAAGUCAUUGACAGUACACGGUGCAACGCCGAGGAUGCGUACCAGGGAGAAGUUACUGAGAAGAUGCUGUGUGCAGGUGUCCUGGAGGGCGGCGUGGACACCUGCCAGGGAGACAGCGGUGGGCCCCUGAUGUACGAGUCUGACCAGUGGCAAGUGGUGGGCAUCGUGAGCUGGGGCCAUGGCUGUGGAGGCCCGAGCACCCCUGGGGUGUACACCAAGGUGGCAGCCUAUCUCAACUGGAUCUACAACGUCCGGAAGGCCGAGCUGUGA